AUGUGUGGCAGUUUCCUGAGGCGGCUGGUGGCUGAGGAGAGCUGGCACUCCACCCCUGUGGGGCGCCUCCUUCUUCCUGUGCUCCUGGGGUUCCGCCUUGUGCUGCUGGCUGCCAGUGGGACCGGGGUCUAUGGCGAUGAGCAGAGCGAAUUCGUGUGUCACACCCAGCAGCCAGGUUGCAAGGCUGCCUGCUACGAUGCCUUCCACCCCCUCUCCCCACUGCGCUUCUGGGCCUUCCAGGUCAUCUUGGUGGCUGUGCCCAGUGUCCUCUACAUGGGUUGCACCAUGUAUCAUGGCAUCUGGCAUUGGGAAGACUCAGGAAAGGUGAAGAAGGAAGAGGAGACCCUGGUUCGACAAGGACACGGCAGCGCAGAUGCCUCAGGGGCUGGAAGGCCCAGGCUGCUCUGGGCCUAUGUGGCACAGCUGGGGGUGCGACUGGUCCUUGAGGGUGCAGCUUUGGGAGGGCAGUACCAUCUCUAUGGCUUCAAGAUGCCCAGCUCCUUCGCAUGUCGUCGAGAGCCUUGCCUUGGUAGUAUAACCUGUAAUCUGUCCCGCCCCACUGAGAAGUCCAUUUUCCUAAAGACCAUGUUUGGGGUCAGUGGACUCUGUCUCUUCUUUACUCUUUUGGAGCUUGUACUUUUGGGCCUGGGGAGAUGGUGGCAGACCUGGAAGCAAAAAUCUUCCUCUUCUAACUACUUUCCAACUUCAGAGAGCACCAGAAAACACAAGGAACCAAAUGAUAACUUCCCAGUGGUGGAAUCAAAAGACCAGUUCCGAGUAGCAGGUGAGAAAGGUAUUGAUCUCCCUUUUUUUUCUUUGCCUAAUGUCUCUGUCCUGAUGAUCCCCCUUGGCAAGUCCCUUACCUUCUGGGAAGUCCAACUCCCACAUGUUACAAAGUAG